UCUAAAUGUUCACUCACCAUUUUAUCUAGAAUUUAAUUCACAUGAUGAUAUCAUAUCUAGUUGAAUUUCUCUUAAUCCUUCUCCUUAUCAUUGUCAAUACAACCCUUUCAGCUUAUAUCCCUCAAUUCUCUCCAUCUUUUGGCAAACAAAUAAUGAAAGAAAAUGCAUCGAAAAAGUCAUUAGACAAGAGCAAACAAGAGUCAUCUCCUCCAUUAGAUUCACAAUUAUCACCGACAGAGAAUCAAGACUUAUCUCAAAUAAAAAAAUAUUUGUCCGUAUUCGGGUACCUCCAACAAAAUGUAGAGUCGUUUGAUGAUGUUCUAGACAAAGAAACAAUAUCAGCUAUCAUAACCUACCAACAAAAUUUCAAUCUUAAAGUAACCGGCAACAUAAACGACGAGUUUUUAGAACAUAUUGCAUUUCCACGAUGUGGUAUCCCAGAUAUGAAUCUCAACCACGGCCACGAUACAUUAAAUGUAUCGUGGCCGAAUGGGAAUAAAUGGUUCCCUAAAGGAACGAAAAAUCUUUCCUAUUUUAUUCCAGAGAGUGAAUUCACAUUGGAAGCAAUGGCAGUGUUGAGAAAUGCCUUAUCACGAUGGUCAAAGAUCACAAAGGUAAUGAAUUUCACGGAGACACCGUACGAUGAUGCUGACAUUAAGUUUGGAUUUUAUAAUUCCAACGAUAAAAUUGAGGAUGUUGUUGUUGGGUUCAGUUUGAUAAUUUUGCAACAAAGUUCAAAAAGAAAGUUAGGUGUGAUAGGUUUUGACAAUAUAAGGGAGUGGGUGUUACCAAGUGAGUACCUUUGGUCGUGGAAAUUUGAUUUGGAGAGUGAGGCAAUGCAUCAAAUAGGUCAUCUGCUUGGACUUGAUCACUCUUAUGAUGAGGAGUCUGUUAUGUAUCCUACCAUAUUGCCAUCACAACAAAGGAGGGUGCAAAUAACAGCUUCAGAUAACCAAAAUAUUCAACAAAUCUAUACCCAAUCCAACCCCACUUCUGCUCAUAUUAAGAGUUUUGGUUUCACUCGCUCCAGUUCCGUUCUUGCUUCGUCUUUCUUACUUGGAUUUGUUUUCCUCUUUCUCUUCAACUAGCUUAUUAAAUUAUAAUCGAUUAUAUUUAAGAUUGGAGUUACUAUAAGUGUUUUAAUGUUUGCUUUUAAUGUGAUUCACUUUCGUGUAACUUAAAUACUAUAUUCUUCUUUAAAUAUAAAAUUAUUUUGAGAAA